GCGGUGAGCUUUAGGUCGGUCGCCAUAUGCAGGUCCUAAUGCUCCAUGUAGCGUCGAGUACGGACUAGCGGGGCCACGGAAUCAUAUAUGUGGAAAGCUUGCUAUUCGCAAAAGUCGUUCACUGGAUUUUCUAGCUGUGAUUACCCCUUCGAAGAGGUUCUAUAGUUCAUGUGUGAUUUGGAUUUUGGAGUACAUCGCCUCAUCCACAGCUAAUAAGUGUUGCUCGUAUCUACACUGAUUGUGUGCCGUGAUUGCCCAGGUGGACUCUAUUGGAUACCGUAGAUACACCUGCUUCAAUUACAUGUGCUAUAUUCCUCUAUUGUUUACAAUGUAUAUAUGAUGUGGCUCUAAGACACUGUGGCAGCACGACAAACUCGGGCCUCAUGGGAGAUGCUGAGUCCCAACGAGGAUGACAAGCAAAGUGUAUGAAUUUCUCAAUGACUCCGGCGGUAACAACUUCACGGAAUCUGCCCCGCGACCGCCAGUCCCCGGGGAGGAGAAUGAGCUUCAGUCAAAUGGGGGUAUGUCCACACAAAGCUCAGGCUCCCACAAAAGUCAUUUGUCCAACAAGAGUAACAGGAGUCAGUCGUCCACUAAAAGUACCAAAAGUGCCGCCUCGAACAAAGGGGAGGUAAGUCAUUCCCCAGCUGCAACGCCGCGAAAAUCGAAUCUUGAGAAAUCAAGCUGUACCUCUUCACAAAAGCUGGACCAUGAAGAGAUGGAAGCUCCGAAUGGCUAUGAGCCAGAAGGUAGUGCCGCCAAUUCCCCGCCCUUUACCGAGAACAGCACCCCACCCCACCUGAAGUGGGCGGAGAAUCUGAACCACCUCCUGAGUGACAGCGAUGGCGUCCAGCUCUUCAAGGAGUACCUGGAUAAGGAGGGUGGUGGUGCGCUGGAAGUGGACUUCUGGUUCGCAUGUCAGGGACUCAAGCGCAAGAGUGCGCAGAGCACCAAUAUCCCUUCUUUAGUCAAGGCCAUCUACAAGCAUUUCGUACGCAAUGAUGGCGUGAGGUGUUUGUUAAAAGAAACAAAACAAGAAAUUUCGGACAAAAUCAACAGGAAAAUGGCAGUUGAUCAGUAUAUUUAUGACACAGCUGCUACGGAAGUUGAAUUGUAUAUGAGAAAUGUGACAUAUCCAGCGUUCUUGAACUCUGAUUUUUAUGUGCAAUAUGUUCAGUCCUACGGUGAUAGUCCAAAGUCCAGUCACUCCAGUGGCUCUAACAGUGCCCGACCCAUGUCCCAGCCCGGUCCCCUGCCAUCUUUACCAGAGGACAAGGAACUAGACACAGAGUCCAGCAAAUUCACCACUAUGGGGCCACCCUUGUUUCAUAAAGUUCUCUCACAUAAGUCCUACCGCAGUGAUUCGUCUGGUGCUAAGAGGACAGAAACGAUAUCAGGCCCUUCAUCUAAACAGCAGUACCCACUGUAUUGUAAUUCUCGCCAUUCGUCCUACCCAAACCAUGUGUCGUACGCACCUGCCUCGGCUCAAGACAGCGAACUGCAGUCUCUCUCGAGUGACGCCCUUACUGACGACACCAUGUCCGUCACUGACAGCAGCAUUGAUGCAUCUCACUACAAUCUUAAGCGUCAACGUAAGGCUAUGAAGACCAUGGCACAACAGAACCGGGAGCCAAACCUAAUGCUUCAUUCACAAUUUAUCCCUCGGACAGAAAGGGCUCCCAAAGAUCGCAAUAUCGCAGAGUCUGACCCACAACAGUUUGCACAAAUGUUGAUCGAGAGGAUGCAGGCUGUCCUCGAGGAACGGGAGGCAGGGGCCAAGGUUGAUGAGAAGUUGAGAUGUUUGAGUGAGGCUGAUGAAACGGCGGGCACUUCAAUGAUGAAGAAUACGACUGCCACCUCCAUCAUUCCAAUGAUGUCCACGUCUGCUGUGGAAGAGGAGACAGCAGAGAGUAUAUUAGAUCAACACUGUUCUCGGAUUUGGGCAAACUCAAACCACCAUACACCGAGCCGGUCACCAGGUAGACAUUCACCUCGGAACAAAUCGCCAGACAGGCUUCGGUUAAAUAAGACUCUCCCCGCUGGUGGUGUGUCCGGUCAUCGUAGUCGGAAACGGGAAAAUCGUGACUUUGUUGCAUCAUGUGAUAGUGGCGUUGGCGAUGAGAGUUGUAACAAAGAAACGCAUCGUCAUAUACAUCACCAUCACCAUCAUCACCAUCGGGAGUUACGGACCAGUAAACAACAAAUGGAGUACGAGGCGCAGAAAUACAGUAUGGCAUGUAUAGGUAGUGAUUUAAUCAAUAACGGUUCUCGGAGCUUCUCGGAGUUCCAUCAUCGUGAGAUAGAGACUCGCGGAAGGUCCUCUAAAAAGAGUUGUGCAACUAGGAAAGGCUCUGAUGCAAGUAGUCAUAUUGACAGUGGAAUAAGCAUGGUGUUUGACAAGGAUUCCUUACUCCGUAUGCCCAUAGUGACUGGACCUAAUGCUGAAAAGGUGAUGCAAUGGAUGAUGGACUCCGAGCGUCAGCAGGAACCAGGCAGCGGCCACCAGGAGGCAGACAAGGGAUCGUCACACAAGAACGCACGUCAUCGUCUCAACCAAUCAGCUGGUGCCUCGUUGCAAACACACAAACAAAGUUCCAAGAAGGUUGGGCAUGGAACAAGUCGGUCUGCUUCUGUUGAAAGAAGCUCUCUGCUAUCAUGGACUCCUAUUGGUCAGUCUGCACAGAUCUUGCCCAAUCAACCAUUUGCGCAGGACUCGUCCAUGCCACUCCCCCCACCCCCGAACCCAACUACUCAGCUGGAAGAGGCUCGUCGCCGGUUAGAGGACCAAUCACGGACAUCGGCCAUGGCAGGCAGUGGCAAACGAGCCGAGGGCACAGUUCGAUCUUCAUCUGCAGGCCCAGUUAAAUCAAAAUCUUUCGCUGGUGUCACGUCCCGAGACAAGAGUAAAGUUGUCGUGUCCCAGAGUGCAUCACAGAUGCGCACAAUGCCUUCUGCCAAAACUGUUCCCAGUGACCUGGAUAUUUCAGGAGGGAGCCAGACUUUCGAGAGACCAAAGACCUACAGGAAACCCCCACCUGCACCAAACACAAGUAUGAACACAAGUACCUCCGCGGCUUCGUCAAGCGAGACCAUCGUGGGCAUCUACUUCGGGCAGGAGCCCAUCCCGUACCGCCACGUGUUCCCCGGACGAUGCAUUACGCUUGCACAGUUCAAGACUCUCAUCACAAAGAAGGGAAAUUUCAAAUACUACUUCAAACGUGACAGUGAUGAGUUUGGAGAGGGUGCUGUUUUCGAAGAAGUCGGUGACGACAACGCAGUGUUGCCAAUGUGGAUGGACAAGAUUGUGGCCAAAGUGGAGAAGAUUGACUAACCUAAGGGCUCGAAUAUUGUCUUGUGCCAGGACAUGAUGAGUGACAUGGCAUGGAAACUAUCAAAUGGCAUACACGAAGCAAUCUCCGUAAUUUCUUUGGAAAAAGUUGUAUUCUUUCGUUCAGGGAAUUACUUAAAAGAGUACCACUCAAAGAGACGGUGAUGUCUGCUUCGAUCAAGGUCCACAGUCUUGGCAAACGCUUUACACAAUGUGACUGAGACCUCUUUAGCAUCGUUGCUGUGACCUCAACGUCGCUGUGACAUCUUCAACUACAACCAAAGACCAUGCACUACCUGUGAUUUCGCAAGCUAUAUGCUUCGUUGAACAAUGAAAGCACUAAAUGGCAGAACAAACUCUGGAAUGUCCAAAGAUCAUGUGAUACAGAGAGAGUAUUUGUUUUGUUAGCACUGGCAUCUAUUAUCCCAAGAUAACAGAUUUUGGAGUGGUUAGAUUUGAAGAUGCUUUCUUUCUAUUGUGCAUGAGAAAGGCGACUUUUUCAGUGCUAUGAGAAACCAUGGGCUGCAAAGAGGAAUGUGUGCUCAAAGAUUUGGGUGAGAACGUCGCAAGGUUGAGAAAGGCGUAUCUGAACACCGAUGAAGAAACUGAAGCAUUCACUGUACAGAUCAGAGCUGUUCACUGUCUAUUGGCCCACAAGGUCUAAUUAACUAUGAGUUAUGAUGUAAUAUAUGUACAUAGUUGUCCAAUAUUUGAAGAUUAUCUUAUUGACUCAGGGGCUGCUCAUUGAAUGUGAGCUAUUCUAUUCUGUUUUAUUGUCAAACCUACCACCCCCCUCUAUGGUUUGAACAUGGCCGCAGUGCAGAGCCCUUUAGUUGAGAAUGGUCAGCCAGGUUUUAGCCACACGCUGUGGUGUUUUAGCAUGUUUAUAUUACUGAAGACGAAAUAGUUGUACACAUAUUUGUGGUGAAUUAUUUAAACGGCUUAGCCAUGACAUUUUGUUGUCAAAGUAUUGUUUGUUGUAAUUUAUUUUUGUUGGCCAAUUUCAUCAUGACCCUAAACUAAGCAUCACACACCAGAAUGUUUACUUUUUAAAAUCAAAAUUAGAAUGAGUUUUUAAAUUCAAAUGCCAUUUACAAAUGCUUGCAUUUUAAACAAAUUUAAAGCAUAGAAUCAAAUAUAUCUUUGAUGCAUGGUUUGUUUUGGCAUUUCACAUAGCAAGGUUCAUUCAUAUUCUGUAAGUGUUUUUAACUUUUGAUAAUACUCAUCCCAUCAUUCUAGUCUCCCUACCUACGUCAUUGGUUGGUUUCAACCGCAACAAUGCAUUGGGCCAGUUUAAGUCAGAGAGUAGGGUGUGCAGGUAGUCGCUAUGGCAUUAUGUGCAGUAUGUGUGAACGGGUGUUACUGUCAUGCUGUCACAGGGUACAAGCCUUACGUACAAUUCAUUUAUAAAACAUAUCAAAUGUUCAGAUGUAAAUUGAAAAUUUGUACUGUAUCCUUGUCAGACUGCAAGCAAGACAAUUGACCUUGACAUCGAUUCCAAGGUCAGCAAGACAGAUGUUCUGAUGGAGUUGUGACAGGGUUGGGGGGGUGGGGGGAGGGGGAUUCUGAAUGACCUGGUUGUAUGAGGGGGUACCCUCAUUGUGUACAUGAUGAGAAGCAUAGGGUAUGUAACAUAAUCAACUUUUAAUGAAUUCUGUGCUGAAAGACUCGUAUAUUGGUCAGGAACCUGUCAGGCCACCAAUAAAAUUGACUUUCAAAGUU